AUGCUACCUGGACUACGCACUCGCCUCGGCGCCACACGUCAGCCUCCACAGAUCCUCCGUCAUGCCCUGCAGCGCCGAACGAUCAUCGCCGCACCCAAACCGGGUUCAGGCCCGCUGAUGGAACGUCGCUCCGACCGCGCGCUGCCCGAGAUCUCCACGGGCAACUACCGAUGGCUCCGGACGUUGCCCGUAUUCGCGGCCAUCAUGGUCGCGUCGGCGCUGGCGAUCUUCAACUACCAGAAGACGAGCAGCUCUGUGGUCAACAGCACGCUGUAUGCGCUGCGGACUAACCCGGAUGCCAGGAGGAUUCUGGGAGAUGAGAUUUACUUUGCUAGUCAGAUUCCAUGGAUCUCGGGGGAGUUGAAUCAGUUACAUGGAAGGAUUGAUAUCAGCUUUUGGGUGAAGGGCACCAAGGGGAAGGGAUUGAUGAAGUUCAAGAGCGUGCGGAAGACGAGGAUGGGAUUUUUUGAGACGACGGAGUGGAGUUUAGAGCCCGAGGGAGGGAACAAGAUCUCGCUUUUGGAUGCUGAGGGUAAAGACCCCUUCCACCAAGAAACCGCCGACAAGAUUGCCGUCAUCGAAUGA